AUGACUACAUUUCUCGUGCAAGAAGACACGUACAACACGAACAACAUCGACUUCAAGAUACGGGGAAUCCCGGAUUCUUCUAGCACUUUCGUCAUUGACUUCAAGGCUUUCUUCGGUGUCAGACCCCAGCAUGUCAGCCGGAGGUUUAGCAUCUCCCUCUCAGAUCUCAGCUACCAGCCGAAGAUCUACAACCCCCGUGCCGACUGGGCAGUAACUGCUGCCUUCAACUCGUUCCAGGCGCUCCAGGCUUCAACACACAAUCCAGUGCAACGCUUUGCAACCAUCGGUACUGGCUCAGGUACCGACGCCAUUGCAGCGCUGGAUGUCUUCGCUCAACUCCGCAGCAUCGUCAUGACAGAUCUCCAUGAUGAAGUCGUCGACAAGGCCAAGAUCAACCUGAUGUCUGCCACUGAAAAGGUCGACGGCCGGGUGAGGGCGGUUGCCAGAGACGCUACUGGUCUGUCUGGUCAUAGCUUAGUGCCUCUUAAAGAUCAGGUGCCUUUUGACCUGAUAUAUGAAAAUCUCCCCAAUAUUCCCCUACCGGAUGACGCUGAUCUCCAGGACGGUCAAACCUCCUCGACCUACUUUGAUUGCUCAGACGUGUCGGGAAUGGUUCCCUCGUUCGUGUCUACAGCUCUUCUAGACCUUCACUAUGUCUGUCUCUUGCAGGCGAAGACCUUCAAUCUGCUCACCGAGACUGGCGUCAUCCUGUCUAGCAUGGGCGGCAGAAUCCCAAUCGACACCAUGCUCCGGCUAGCAGAUGCAGCAGGUUUCACCGGAAGAAUCCUGUCCAUGUCUUGGAAAGUGCAGAGUGAGCCAGACUCGGUGAUUGAAGGAUACGCGACUCAGCAGGAGAAGGGACUCGGACCGUUCUAUUUCUACCGCGUGAGUACGCUACGGCGCGUUUUCGGUCACCUAACAGCGGCUGAGGCUGGACUACGUGCUCUGGAGAUAGAGAAUGAGCUUUUGCCUCACCGGCUGGAUGCAGUGACUGCUUUGAAAGCUCACAAGCAAGGUAUCGAUAUUGGUCACCCAGUUGUCGUUAUGGCUAGCACUAGACAUUGA